AUGGCGCCCCAAUCUGCUCCCACCCCCAAGCUGCAUCCAUCGAUCGGCCUCGGCAACCGUCGCAUCAUGCCACCCAAGCGCAAGUACUCAGAACUUGGCACCGCUGACAAGACUGCUGCAUCUACAGCCCACGCGGUGCCCCCGACUCUCCCGCCCUCUGUCGAAGAAGCCUAUCGUCGGAAAUGCGUCCAGCUCAAAAGUCGUACCAAGGAGGUUGAAGAGGCCAACGACGCCGCGCGCCUCCGGCUCGCCAGAUCGAAGCGCCAGAUUGAACGUCUCCGCAUCGAGCGCGCCUUUCUGCUUGAGCAGCUUGCCAAGCGCACAAGCACCAAUGUCGAAGACUCGGAGGGAAGCCCCAGUCCACCACCCACGCCAAAAGAGAAGCCACUCCGUAUGAAGCGCGGCAAUCGCAAAGCAGGCGAAGACGACGAAGCAAUCGCCUACCGCUGGGAUGCGACCACGGCAGCGCCCGAAGAGAUCCAGGCUUUCGAGCAAUACCUCGACGCGAACCGCGCCUCGGAAGGCGCUGAGCAAGAAUCGGAAGAGAAGCUGAUCAAGACAUGGGAAGAGGAUUCGGCAAUGAGAAAUAAGCUCGUGGAGGAAGUCUUAGCCAAGCGCAAGGCGGCAGAUGCCGAAGAAGGCCAGUCCCAGGCUGAGGAGCAGUCCAGAGAACCCGAGGUGAAGUCGGAGUCACAGACCGCCACGGGGAUGGCUGAGAAAGAAGCGUCUGAAGCGGCGGCAGAUGUCGGCAAGACCGAGGCUGAGGCUAAAGACGAGGACAUUGAGAUGGCGGACGACGACGCGAGCGCAAGAAAAACACCAGACGCAGGGGCCGAAUAA